UGGAGAUUUCCGCUUGUGGUUUAAGCCAUUAGGGAGUUCGCUAGAAAUGGAUGGAUAGCAGUAACUAUACUGGAACUUAACAGAAUAAGUAUAUUCGGAUGUUAGAAUCCUACUUGAACACAUCGGGCUGUUAAUUCCACUUCAAGUACAUGAUCUGAUGACGUCACGUCGUCCCGUUGUACCCAGUCGAUUUGUUGGUGACCUGCCAGUGUUGACGACCAUGGAGAAACGGUAUAUUAAGGUCUCUAUAUUCUUACUACCGUUCGUCCUGUACACUGCGGUGAUGCUGAAGAUGCUAGACAAAGCCUGCCAAACGGAGAUAUUCACAAAACACGCCACUCCUCCUGAUGCAUUCCCUCGGGUGUUGGAACAAAGUCAUAACUCUACAACGCUACUACACUCGGUAUUAAGGAAGUAUGAAGCCAUAGACAGACAGAGAACGAAGCUAUCUGAAAUGCUAAACAAACUCUUAUCUGGUGAAUCUCCAGAAGCUCUCGCCUCCAACGAUCUCGCAGUGCGAUACUUCAACGCCAGAAAUUUGCGAGAUUUGAAAGGGUUUGAUAAAAUCGGUAGUAAAAUUAAAAAACAGACUAUAGCAAAAGCGAAAUAUGUUUUCAACUGCACAAACGUUCAUGAAAUUAAAUUAAUAAAGAAAGUUGGACAUGGCGUUUCAAAACAAGCCUUUCUAGGAAAGUUCAAAGGUCAACCGGUGGCAGUAAAAAUGGUGACACGUCAUCAGAAAGAGGUGAGACAGUGCUUAGAGGGUAUUCGGGAAAAAGGAAUGGAAUCGGAUAAUUUUCAGAGGUCAAGGUGUUUCGUUUUUCCAACGAUGAAACUUAUGAAAGAAAUAUUACUUCUAGAACAACUUGACCAUCCGGGUUUUGUGCAGUUGCUAGGUUACUGUGUCCGUAGUGAGGAAAGUGACAGUACGGACAUGUCCGAACAUGGGGUUGUGGCUAUAUACGAGUACGGUGAGAGAUUCGUACUAGACAACCUUCAAUUUUUACCAAUGAAAGCUAAACUUCUUCGAGCUGUUAAUUUAGCUAAAUUUUUACAAUAUUUAGAAUUUUCUCCGUUGGGAUCGCUUCGCAUCAAGGAUUUUAAAGAAGGCCAUUUUCUGUUAGUAAAUUCUUCUUUAAAGAUGAUUGACCUGGAUGAUGUAGAUAAUAUUGAGCCAUCCUGUGAUAUUUAUUCUGAUAUUGAUCAUAUCACUGAAAACAAUAAUAUUCAUUAUCGCACGUGCGAAUACGAUAUCCAAUGUCAAAUGGGGUUAUGUAUUGGUUAUAAUGCUAAGCAAAAUUUAAAAUCUAUGAAUAGACUAUUCUUUAAAAGACUCCUGUAUCCAUUAUCUUACCCUUCAGACAUUGUGGAAUCGUUAACACAAGUCAACACACGACUGGAAACUCUAAGCAUCACAGCGCCAGAACUCGUGGAGGUUCUAGAGAGUUCUCUCUCACACCUAUAG